AUGGAGAAAGCUUAUUCAAAGUCAGUUUUACGAAUUCCAUCGAAACAAUUAGAAACUAGAGAUCUAAAUCAAUCGAAUAGCUAUUCAACAAGAAAAUCCAAAUGUACUAUUCGACGAUGUAUAUGUCUUCAAUUAUUAAUUCUCUUGGGUCUUCUUACAUUAGCAGCACUUAUUAUUCCGAUUGUUGUUCUCGUAUAUGAUAAUCUAAACAAUGCAUGUGCAGUCACGUAUAGCGAUACUUUUACAUAUACUGCAUUUCCAACAACAGCUCAAUGUUCAAAUUGGCAAACUUUUACAAGUACUUUAACUUGUCGAAGCUAUUCCAAAAUGCAUAUUUAUGGUUCAAAUGAUCAGACAGGCGUGACUUUAACAGAUUCAUUUGUUGUUACUGCACUUGCUACAGCUUUGAGAUAUAAUGGAUCAAUUACUAUUAAUUCAAAUGGAGCUAUUUGGAGUGUUGGUUCAUGUUGGGGUGGUUAUGGAAUUGGUUCGACCGGUAGUUGUAAUUGUGGUAAUGGCUAUGCAGUUAGACCAUGUGUUAAUUCUGCUUACUAUUGGGGAGGAACAGCUGGUACAAUAUGUAAUGCACAAUCGCAAACUCUAUCGAUUUCUUUUUCAUGA